AUGAGCAAAUUAGAAUGUGACUAUGUGGAUUUCAAAGCUCUUGAUGAAGGAAAUAAGGUUGCAGACUCGGUGUUAUUUCUCGAUCGGCGACGUCCGGCUUAUGGAGUUCGUGAGAAAUCAUUGGCAAGAUUAUACAUUAAAGUUUUAAACUUAGCUCAAAAUGGAGCUCCUGCAAAGCGUUUGCUUCACUAUACUAGCCCUAAAUAUUUACCAAGUACAGACAGUGGAGGAGAUCUUGCUGAUGUUAUAGCCUCGCUCGUUCGUGAUCGGUGUCCGGAAAGUGGAACUUUAUCCGUUAAGGCCGUAAAUGAAAUGCUUGAUGCGUUUGCUUCUUCUACGUCUAUAAUAAGUCGCCGGGAGUGCCUCACUGAAAUUAUACGGCGGACAUCGCCAAUUGAACAAAAAUGGAUAGUACGUAUCAUAACCAGUAGAGAUACGAAAUGUCGUCUUGGGGUUCUUAGCGUUUUGCAUUGCCUCCAUCCAGUUGCUCCCUCUCUCUUUGCCGUAGUCCCGACUGUUUUUUGGUUUUAA